GGCUGACCACAAAGCAGAGAAGAACGCGAGCGAAAAAAAGUCAAUAAUACUAAGUAGAAUUAGUGAAGAAGUUUGAAAUUUUGAAACCACAGAGAGGGAGAAAGAGAGGUGAUGGAUAGAAAAGAAAAGAGUGAAGGAGAAGAUCGAGUUUUAAUGGUGAAAAAGUUGAAAGGCGGGAUCCUGGUAGGGAAAAGAGCUGGCCCCUCUACUCCUUCUCCCACUUGGAGACUCGACUUGUCUUCUCAAAAUGCCACUAUGCCCACUGGACAUUCUAUUUCUGCCAGAAAACUCUGUGCUAAUCUUUGGGAACUUCACCCUCAUUACCCACUUCCCAGUAUGCGCAUAGGAGUUACCAAGCUUCGCCUACACCAUUUUAAGGACAAGGGUUUUGUUUCUGCUGUUGAUCUUCCUCAUACCCCCUGGAUCAGCCAGCAAGUGCAAGUACCCGAGGAGCCAUAUUGCAGCAUCAGUGAUGCAACACCGUCGAUCAGUUGAAAGAAAUGGCCGUGCUCUACAGUCUGUAUCUCCAGCUAGUUGCGGAAGCUCACUGGAGAUCGCAGCUUA